AUGAUAGACCGUUUAUGAGGACGAAAAUGCAUCUGUGUCUUGAGGCACGAUCGACCCAAAUAUAGAAGGAAGCUAUGAGCGAGCAGCCAACGAACAAAAAAUGGAGAAAACGCGCGUGGACGACGCGUUGGAGUUGCUCUAACUCCGGGGGCUGCCGGGCUCCGUAGACUGCAGUGGCCGUUCUCUCAUCUCCGCUUGCUCAACACAGGGCUGGUGCCUUGGUGCUUGGUGGGGAGUUGCUAAGAAAUCUUCGACAAAGCAUGUCUGAUGUGGCCGCGCGGCUUCCUCUUGCGUCUUCUCCUCCGCGUGACCGCCGGCGCCACUGCCCGCCACGCCUGCGCGCGCGUCCACCCGCUCCUCGUGAAGUCCGGCCACGCUUCCGACACUCGCCUCGCCACCGCGCUCGCCGACGCCUAUGCCAAGUCCGGCCUCGUCACGCACGCGCGCAGGGUGUUCGACGAAACGCCGCGCAGGGACCUCGUGCUCUGGAACGUCAUGAUCUCCUGCUACUCGUCCCAUGGCCUGCUCCUCGACUCAUGGGCCCUCUUCGCCUCCAUGCGGAGGAGGCCCGGCCUCUCCGGCGACGGCUUCACCUUCAGUGCCUUGCUGAGCGCCCGCGCUCCUCCUUCUUCCCGCGGCCACCUCCUGGGGCUCCUGGCGCACGGCCUUGUUCUCAGGCUGGGCCUCCAGCUGGACCUUGUCGUCGCCACCGCGCUCCUCGACAUGUAUGCAAAGUGCGGCCGGGUCGCUGAUGCUCGCUGGGUGUUCGAUGCCAUGCUGCUAAGGAACUCUGUAUCCUGGAAUGCCAUCAUUGUCUGCUAUGGCCGCCAUGAUGGAGGCAAGGAAGCACUGCAGAUUUUCGUGUCCAUGCUCAGGAAUGAUGAUGGCUGCUGUUGUCGGCCUGACGAGCUCACGCUUGCCAGUUUGCUUAGUUCCUGUGCCAACAUGGCAGCUGCCUAUGAGGCUACCCAGCUUCAUGCUUAUGCCCUCAAAAGGGGCUUACAAGGAUUUCUGCAAGUAGCCAACGCUCUGAUCAUGGCCUAUGGUAAGAAUGGUUUUCUUCAACAAGCAACACAGACAUUUGCCACCAUCCAUAGCCCAGACAUAGUUUCAUGGUCAUCCAUGGUUUCAUCUUUCGCCUACCUUGGGUGUGCCAAGAGCGCAAUCCAUGUGUUUGAAAGAAUGCUCCAACAAGGCGUGCGGCCUGACGGCAUUGCGUUUCUUGGAGUUCUUUCUGCCUGCAGCCAUGCUGGACUCAUUCAACAUGGCCUGAAGUAUUUUCUUCUAAUGACGACGGACUACCAAAUUGAUCCAUGUCCGCAGCAUCUUGCUUGUCUCGUUGAUCUCCUAGGGAGAGCUGGCAGGGUUCAGGACGCCUACAACAUUUUACUCAACAUCUCCUGCCAAACAAACACUGAUGUAAUUGGAGCUUUCCUUGCUGCCUGCAAGACACGAGGCAACAUUGAGUUGGCAAAGUGGGCUGCUGAUAGGCUACUCGGUCUGGAGCCAAACGAGCCAGCCAAUUACCUGCUUAUAUCUAAUGCUUAUGCUGCUGCAGGAGCUUGGAGUGAGCUUGCAAAGGUAAGAAGUUUUAUGAGAAACGUGGGCGGCAACAAGGUGCCUGGUUGUAGCUGGAUAGAAAUAGGUGGAAAGGUUCAGACAUUUGUCUCCAAUGAUAUUUUGCUCCAACAAUCAACAAAUAUGCGACAAAUGAUGGAAAUUCUUGUUACAUUCAUGGAAAAAGAGAGCAAUGACGAUACUCUUUGUAAGGAUUCAGAUUUUAUUUCAGAACGGUUUUGAUGUCUCGGUAAAAAAUAUAUAUGGGUUAAACUGACAUCUGCAAUAUAUUGUGUCUGACCUUGUCAAUGUGGCAAUUGAACCAUUCUAAGGUAACUUGAAGAUUUCCUUAUUACAUGGUAGUUAGAUCAUUUCACCAUACAUUUUCUUUAAACUGAAUGGAUUGCCAGAAUUGCCUGGAACAGGUUAUCAUAAAAAUGAAGAUAGGAUACUAGAACCCUCAGGAAGGCAGAAAAUUGUCUCUUGCUUAUGCAGUUAUGCUUAUAUGUUGUGCUAAUAUGAAAAAGUGAGGAGGGUUAGCAGGUAGAUGAGGUGAUCCGUGAUCCUAAUACGCCGCUUCUAUCCCCGAGAUGGCGACAGCUGACAGUCGUGUUAGAAUACUUCUCGCCGCCGCGAGAUGGUGGAGCGAAGACUAAUCAGUAUGUCGCUCUCCCUGAGCUCCUCUCUUCAGAAUGUCACCUAAGACAACAUGGCAGCAACUUAAGCAGCAGAUUAGUACCCCACGAAUCGAGCACUCUUAACUCGAUCGAUCAUAAUUGAUGGACGACCGUUCUUAUCUCAGUCAUCAUAAUUGACGGACGAUGAUCGUGACCAUGAUGACUCUCUCUUGUGUGUGUGCUUGAUGCCUGUCGUCCUUCGCCCAUUACUGUUUUCUCAGGGGUGCUUGCGGUGCUCCAUUUCUGGCUGGUUGCUGGAGGUUGGUAAGGCAGGUUCAGAUCUGGGCUUUUAGUGCGAUUCAAGUCUACAGGAUUCAGAUUUUAUUUCAGAAUGGUUUCGAUAUCUCAAUAAAAAUACAUGCGGAUUAAACUGACAUCUGCAAUGUAUGGUCUCAGACCUUACCAGUGUGACAAUGUAACCAUUUUCAGGUUAUCAUAAAGACGGAGAUAGGAUACUAGAACCGUCGGGAAGGCAGAAACUGGUCUCUUGCUUAUGCAGUUAUGCUUAUGUAAGUAUUUCAACAAUCAUAUAUUUCUAUCGAAUUGUAUAUUUCUAUCGCAGUGCUGCAAAUCGAUUUAUUACUUCUCAUGAACCUCAAGAUGUUGUGCUAUAACAUGAAAAGUGAGGAGGGUUAGCAGGUAGAUGAGGUGAUCUGUGAUCCAUGAUCCUAAUCCGCCACUUCUAUCCCCGAGAUGACGAUGGCUGAGAGUCAUGUUAGGAUAUUUCUCGCCGCUAUGAGAUGGUGGAGCGAAGACUAAUCAGUAUGUCGCUCUCCCCAAGCUCCUCUCCCCCGAAUGGCGCCUGAGACAACAUGGCAGCAACUUAAGCAGCAGAUUAGUACCC